AUAGAGUUACAGUAAGUUGAUAGAUGAAGUCACUCUGACAGAACAAAUCAGCAUACUUUGCUAGUUUCAGUAAUGUCUUGCUCUUACCACUCUACAGAGACGAGCACAGAAAGCAGCUCAACAGUUGUCUGCAGUGCCGGUGUUCUCAGUGGAGGAAGAGGCCGGACGUUGGGGGGACACAUGCAUGGAUAGGGAUGCUACAGACAAGGAGGAGCAGGGCUGGACAGAGAGGGAGAACGGUACAGUGUUUGUCAUCCCAACCACCCCUCAAACACCAGAUGGCCACUGCAGAUGGGAAUACCUGAAAGGAGGAGGAGAUCCAGACUCCACCAGUUUGGGUUGGAUGUCUGACAUGCAGGACGGGGACACCACCACUCUGGGCUCCAGCAGUGAGGACACGCUGAGUCACGACCUAGAGCGGGUCUCUCUCGGUUCACUGGGAAAAUGGACCUGGGACAUUCACUCCAUCAUUAUCGACCUCUCUACAGCUAACUUCAUUGACACGGUGGCCAUCAAGACAAUGAAAAAUAUUUUCCAGGACUUCAGUGAGAUUGAUGUAGAUAUCUACAUGGCUGGUUGUCAAGCCUCUGUGGUGGAACAAUUAGAGCUCGGCGACUUCUUCUCUGAGUCAAUAACAAAGAGACGACUUUUUGCCUCCGUUCACGAUGCUGUGCUCUACUGUCUGGACCAUCGUGGAGCCACAUCAUUCCCAAGAUACGAACGUUCGGUGGUGAGUCUAUGCAGCUGA